AUGCGUUCCACUCGGAGAGAAACCCCGGAAGUGACGUCAGAAUGCGGAAGUGACGUCACAGCAUUGACGCCGCCGGAAGUAGGAAAUGAAUGCAAACGGAGGUAUGGAACGCAUGAAUGCGUUCCACAACGGAUUUUCCCGCAAAAUACAAGGUAUUGA